AUGGCCAAAAUCCAGUACCAAAAGCUCCCUGAGGACGAUAAAUCACACCUGGUCGAGGCCUUUGCCCAGCUCGACCGUGACGGCCUCGGGAGAAUCGAUCCUCUCCGGCUGCUGAAAAACGUUGCAUUCCCGGAGCUUGUCGGCCGUGAUCUCCUCUACAUCAACCAGUUUGCCGACGAUUCCUACGGGAGAUUGAGCUUCGACCGGUUCCUGGCCGUAUGGUAUGCCGGAGACCGAUGCCUGAGAAACUGCCACUGGUGCGGAAAGAUUCUGCCGGCCGUCUACUUCACGUGCAGGAAGUGUGACGAGGAAGAUCAGGAGUUCAGGCUGUGUGUCGGCUGCUUCGAAGGGGGAGAGUACUAUCACAAGCACCCAGCUGAGGAAAUCGAAGACAUCACUGUUUUUAAGCCGAUCGAGUCCAAGAGAUCCCCUCGUGCUGAGGAUGAUUACCCAGUAGGAUCAAGAAUUAGGCAGACCUACUUAUCGAAAGAACUGAAGGCCAUCAGUGAGUAUAGAUCAAGGACCGGCACAAACUUUGCAGUUAUGACAGGGGAGAUUGGAAGUUUCCUGGAAAUGCUUGCUAAUUUUCCGCCUGUCGUCUAUGACAAGGAUCAAGAAGAGGAUACUGAAGUGAAUCGGGAAGAGAAUGCUACUACUGAAGAGGAUGGGGAAGAGAAUGCUACUACUGAAGAGAAUCGGGAAGAGAAUGCUACUACUGAAGAGAAUCGGGAAGAGCAUGCUACUGACGACAAAGAAAAGAAGGAUACAAAACGAGAAGAAGAUACCGGUAAGGACAGAGAAGAGGAUGCUACUGGUGAAGCAGAGGAUAACAAUGUGGAUGAAAAAGAGGGAGCAGCAGCAAAGGGAAAUUGA